AAAGCUCCUUCCUGGUUUGUGCUUCUGCUAGCCCUUCUCCUCACUCAUCGAAUCCACGCCUAUAACUCUUCUUCACGAGAGAAGGCGGAUAGAGGUCGGAACAGAGAUGGCAGGGUACCGGGCGGAGGAUGAGUACGACUACUUGUUUAAGUUGGUGCUGAUCGGAGACUCCGGAGUUGGAAAGUCCAACCUCCUCUCCCGCUUCACCCGGAACGAGUUCAACCUCGAGUCCAAGUCCACGAUCGGGGUUGAGUUCGCCACCCGUAGCAUCUCCGUCGACGGGAAGGUCCUCAAGGCUCAGAUUUGGGACACUGCCGGCCAAGAGAGGUAUCGUGCAAUUACAAGUGCUUACUAUCGAGGAGCAGUUGGCGCAUUGCUUGUGUACGAUGUCACUAGACGCGCUACAUUUGAGAACGUUUCACGUUGGUUGAAGGAGCUAAGAGACCAUACAGAUCCUAACAUAGUCGUCAUGCUGAUCGGGAACAAGUCAGACCUCCGCCACCUUGUUGCUGUUCCUACCGAAGACGGAAAGGCCUACGCGGAGAGUGAAUCUUUAUAUUUCAUGGAAACAUCUGCACUAGAAGCAAAGAAUGUCAACACCGCAUUCGAAGAGGUCUUGGCUCAUAUUUAUCAUAUUGUAAGCAAGAGAGCAGUUGAGGCAGGCGAUGAUGCAGCGGCAUCAUCUAUACCAAGUAAAGGCGAGAGAAUAAACGUGACGGAUGAUGCUUCUGCUCUGAAGAAACUUGGGUGUUGUUCAAGUUAGAUAGUUAAUGUUGUUGCCUAUCGCCUGUCUAUCAGUGAUACUUGUUUUGAUUCUCUGCUAUGAUUUAGUGAUUAACAUUACUAGAUUGAACCUGUCUAGAUUGAGAUUUUGUUAACUUAAUACUUGCUACUGAAAAUUCACGACUGUAUUUCAAUUCA